AUGUUGCUUCUGCUAACUUUGGGAAUGAUUACUUCCACUACGUCUACCCUAAGCUUACGGUCACCCAUCAAGAGCAUCAACACAGAACAAAACACGACUUCCCAAUUGGCAGUCUCCCUAACCCUAGAAUCAUCAUCUCCCCUCCCCUGGCCUGCAAGCUUCCAAUUCGCCUUCACCCUACAUUUCACUACCCAAGACCUCGCGACCACAUCCAUUUACCUUGCCUGCGCAGACGGCCUCUUCAACCACUCACUCAAUACAAUCGGUACCCCAGAACCCGAAUACCGCAAAUCUCACGACCCCACCAACACCACCACAACUGUCGAAUUCUUUACCUACCCGGCUGUGGCUAGCUUGGUCGAGUACGCUCUUUGGACGUACGAGGGUAUUGUGAGGAAGCUCGAAGGAUAUCCGAUCGCGGUGCCGAGCACGAAGUUCGUGCUUUUUCGCCCGAAUGAAGGGAUGACUCAUCUCUCGGCUGGUGCGAUACGCGCGAGGGCACCGGUAGCAGCUGGUAAUGCAGCACAAGAGGAGGUGGUAGGGGCGCAUACAUCGAAAGACCCGAAUGAUGUUGAUGCCCAUGACGUCUUAUCUGAACUCGUCGUCCGCGACGACAUCGCACAGCGACAGCAGCAAACCUCUCCCGAUUCGUUCCGUGGCUCCCAAGUCUACAUCUCCCCCACUUCCAACGCCCAACUACUUCCCUCGCCCCAUUAUGCUCUCCUCGCUGCCUUGAAGGUCUUCAAACGCGUCGCUGUUGAGCGAAAAGCUGAUACGCUUACCACGAAUCGGGCCUUCGUGUACGAGAGAGAUGGUGUGCUGGUAAGGGUUGCGAUUUUUGCUUGGCCUGGGAAGAGACUGGAGAUGAAGUGGUGGGAGGUCAGUUGGGCGGUAAGGGAGCUUUUGGUGUGGAUGAAGAAAUAUGAGGAUGCGGGUGGGAGUCUUGGUGGGGUUAGGGUAUGGCGGGAGUGUAGAGGCACUGUUGUCAGGGGUGGGGUUGAGGUUGGGAGGGCGUGGGUGGAGGUUGAGAGAGCUGGCGAGGGGGACAAGGAGCUGGGUACUGGGGAGGGUGUACGGAAGGUGCUGGUGGAGUAG